GUGUGUGUGUGUAUUUUUUAGAGUAAGAUGGCGACGAAAAAAACGCGUCUUAUGUGAAAAAUGCAAUCAUAACAACUCCCGUUUUAUGCAAAUAAAUGUGCGCUAAUUUGAAACAGAAACAUUGAAAAAGCAGUGCUAAGCGAGUGCCGAGUGCUUUACAUGUGAAAGUUUUGGUGCGGACUGAAACACAACGGCAGCAUAGUGAAAAUGGCCACAAAUAUGUAUCGAGUCGGAGACUACGUCUACGUUGAGACAACGCCGAAUAGUCCCUACUUAAUACGACGCAUCGAAGAGCUAAAUAAAAACCAAACCGGCAAUGUGGAAGCGAAGGUCAUGUGCUUCUACCGGCGUCGCGAUCUGCCCAAUCCGCUCGUCCAGCUGGCCGACAAACAUCAACUGGCCACCGCCGAGGACUCACCGCUGGCGACCAAGCUGAAGAAGACCUGGCUCCGCACACCCGUGGGCGAGGAGCAGGCUGCCCAAGCUGUCCUCGACCCUUCAAUAGCUGCCCUGGAUGAGGAGCGCACCAGCCCGACGCAAUCUUCUGGAGGCGGCGCGGGUUCAGCGACUGGAAAUUCCGGCAAUAGUACCAACAGCGGCGGCACCACCAACAACACCAACAGUUCCACUGCCAGUGGCGGUGGAGCUGGUGGUGGCGGAAGCGAUGCCGAAAAGGGUGAGGCGCUGACUAGCAAGCAGCGCUAUCAGAUCAAGCACCGCGAGCUGUUCCUGUCACGCCAAGUAGAGUCGAUACCCGCCACACAAAUACGAGGCAAGUGCUCCGUCACGUUGCUCAACGAAACGGAGUCCCUGCAGAGCUAUCUCAAUAAAGACGAUACAUUCUUCUAUUGUCUGGUAUUCGAUCCGAAUCAAAAGACGCUGCUGGCGGACAAGGGCGAAAUCAGAGUAGGCAGCCGCUACCAGUGUGAUAUACCCGCCAAGCUCAAGGAUACCACCACGGACGAACGGAAGCUGGAGGAACUCGAAUCGCUGGUGUGGACGCCGGAGCACAGCCUGACCGAUCGCAAGAUCGACCAGUUCCUUGUGGUCUCCCGCUCCAUUGGUACUUUUGCCCGCGCCCUCGACUGCAGCAGUUCGGUAAAGCAACCUUCGCUCCAUAUGUCUGCCGCAGCGGCCAGCAGGGACAUCACACUGUUUCAUGCAAUGAAUAUUCUUCAUAAGCAUGAGUAUUCGAUUGAGGAGGCCAUGUCCUCGUUAGUUCCUUCCACUGGCCCGGUGCUCUGUCGCGAUGAAAUCGAGGAUUGGAGUGCUUCGGAGGCAAAUCUCUUUGAGGAGGCGCUGGACAAAUACGGCAAAGACUUUAACGACAUUCGACAAGAUUUCCUGCCUUGGAAAACGCUGAAACAGAUUAUUGAGUACUACUACAUGUGGAAGACCACCGAUCGGUAUGUCCAGCAGAAACGUGUCAAGGCCGUGGAGGCGGAACUGAAGCUCAAGCAGGUCUACAUCCCGCAAUACAACAAUAAUGGAAAGGGCAACGGAGCCGCCGCAAAGACAGGUAGUGGAAUCUACAAUGGCACCACCAACGGGGGCACCGAUCUCUCCAACAAUGGCAAACCCUGCGAAUCAUGCGGAGCCACCAAAUCAUCACAGUGGAACUCGGUCAGUAGUGGACACAGUACGUGUCGUCUGUGCCAGAGCUGUUGGGAGUAUUGGCGAAGAUACGGCAGUAUGAAAUCGGCGACCAAGGGUGAUGGGAGCGAUGCUGACUCCAAAAAGAAAGGAUCAACGACUGCAACCACACCGACUUCUGCGGGAGCGGGUAGUGGAGGAAUGCCCACCACAGUAGUUGACCUUAACGACGAUGACAAAAUCAGUGAUCUAACCAAUCGUCAGUUGCACAGAUGUUCGAUUGUCAAUUGCGGUAAGGAGUUCAAGCUGAAGACCCACCUGGCCCGCCACUACGCACAAGCGCACGGCAUCGCCAUCAGCUCUGGAUCCCCGCGACCCAUUAUGAAGACGCGCACAGCCUUUUACUUGCACACCAAUCCGAUGACCCGGGUGGCACGUGUAAUCUGCCGCAAUAUCGUCAAGCCGAAGAAGGCGGCGCGGCAAAGUGCGUACGCGGUCAACUCGCUACUGGUGAAACAAGAAUUUACGAAUCGUAUUAGUGGAAAAUCACAGGCGGAAAUAAAGAAACUGCUCCUGCUCAAGCCCAAGGAUCGUGGCAGCGUCACAAAGAUUGCCAAUCGUUUAGGUGCGCCGGGCAGCGGCCCGCACGAAUGGCUCGUGCUGACACCGAAGGAUAAAAUGCCCCAACCGGCUGUCGUCUCAUUCCCGAAACCCCCGAAAGCAGCUGACGGCAGUCUAGUCUACGACCGAGUGCCCAACAAGUCCCCCGACGUUGUGGCAGUGCCGGCUGAUAAGGAGCUCACCAUUAUUCCAACGCAAGCCACGUCAACGAUACGGAAGCGAGCGCACGAAGAGCAACUCAAUGGCACAGAAGUUACUAUAGUUCCCAGCGGACCGCCUGCCAAGCGACCGAACAAGGACCCCAUGCCCUCGCAUUGUCCCAGCCCCGAGCAGUUCGCAGCCAUGAUGGCUGCAUCCGGACAACCGCUCUCCAGACAUCAUCUUAAUGGCAAACAAAAAAUUGCGCAAAUGGCAAGGGGAGGAAACGGGCGAAAACAGGUCAUCAGUUGGAUGGAUGCACCCGACGAUGUUUAUUUUAGGGCCAACGAAACACACAAAAAAACGCGAAAAAUACUCUCUGCCGUGGAUCUGCGCCGGGCGGCGCGGAAACCAUGGCGCACACUGCCCAUUAAGCCUGCUGCCCCCGAGCCUAGUAGCAGGCCCAUUGAAUCACAAAUCGUCAUACUGGACUGACCGUCGCCGGCAGACACAUCGGUUAAAUCUGCGUUAGCAGCAGUAGCAGCAACCAAGUUGUUUUCGUCUUCAGCAAACAGAUUCGAGCAGCAACAUCCUCCAUUUCCAUACACCAUGGAUGCACUGCUUAACUAGUAAGCAUUCUCUGGUUUAACGGGCUUGCCAUGUACAUACUAUACAUCAUAACCCGGA